GUGAUGAGUGACAGACAGGGGGAGAGAGAGAGAUCCUGCACCGGAGCAGGAAGCUGCUGCUGGGACUGCCGAGCAGACAAGAGAGAGGAGGUACAAAACAACGUCGACAUCUGCGGGGUUUCCACCAUCAUGUAGCCCCAAAAACAGAACAACAACAGCAGCCGACGACACGACUCUCAGCUGCAGAACAAGAGAGGUUUCUUUAUUAUCGUGUGGUGUUUUUGCACGGUGGCCAUGAAGGAGCUGCAGGGCUGCGGUAUGCGGUCCUCGGUGGGCUUUCUGUCCCGCAGAGAGCUCACCGGGCAGCCGCUCCUGAAGGAGGAGUUCCAGAGGCGGAGGAUGGCCGGCUGCACCAGCCUCUACAAGAAGGACAUGCUCGGCCACUUCGGCUGUGUCAACGCCAUUGAGUUCUCCAACAACGGCGGAGAGUGGCUGGUGUCCGGAGGAGAUGACCGCCGGGUGCUCCUGUGGAACAUGGAAGAAGCCAUCCAUGCUCGGUCCAAGCCUCUGAAACUGAAGGGAGAGCACCUGUCCAACAUCUUCUGCCUGGCCUUUGACAGCACCAACAAAAAGGUCUUUUCUGGUGGAAAUGAUGAGCAGGUGAUUCUUCACGAUGUGGAGAGAAGGGAGACUCUGAACGUGUUCCUGCACAUCGACGCCGUCUACAGUCUGUCAGUCAGUCCGGUCAAUGACAACGUGUUUGCCAGCUCUUCUGACGACGGACGCGUUCUUAUCUGGGACACCCGCGAACCGCCGAGUACAGAGCCGUUCUGUCUGGCCAGCUACCCCUCGGCCUUCCACAGCGUGAUGUUUAACCCGGUGGAGCCCCGGCUCAUCGCCACAGCCAACUCCAAGGAGGGAGUUGGAUUAUGGGACAUCCGCAAGCCACGCAGCUCUUUGCUGCGUUAUGGAGGCAGCAUGUCCCUGCAGAGCGCCAUGAGCGUUCGCUUCAACAGCACCGGCACCCAGCUGCUGGCGCUGCGUCGCCGCCUGCCGCCCGUCCUCUACGAGCUGCACUCCCGCCUGCCCAGCUUCCAGUUCGACAACCAGGGCUACUUCAACUCCUGCACCAUGAAGAGCUGCUGCUUCGCCGGGGACAAAGAUCAGUACAUCUUGUCUGGGUCGGAUGACUUCAACCUCUACAUGUGGAAAAUCCCAAAGGACCCAGAAGCAGGAGGCCCUGGUCGAGUGGUAAACGGGGCGUUCAUGGUCCUGAAGGGUCACCGGUCCAUAGUGAACCAGGUUCGCUUCAACCCUCACACCUACAUGAUCUGCUCCUCCGGCGUGGAGAAAGUCAUCAAGAUGUGGAGUCCCUACCAGCAGCCCGAGAGUCUAGGUGACCUGGAUGGCCGCGUGGAGGACAAGUCGCGGAGCCUGUACACCCACGAGGAGUACAUCAGCCUGGUGCUCAACAGCGGCAGCGGUCUGUCCCACGACUACGUCAGCCAGUCCAUCCAGGAGGACCCGCGCAUGAUGGCCUUCUUCGACUCACUGGUGCGUCGGGAGAUCGAGGGCUGGAGCUCCGACUCCGACAGCGACCUGAGCGAGGAGGCCAUCAUGCAGCUCCACGCUCGCGGACGUCGCACCACGAGGGCCACGCCGACACCUCCCGUCGCCGUCCCUGCCGCUAUUCACCAAAGCGACUCUGAUAACUCGUCGUCCUCCUCUCUGGCUGGACCUGACGCAUCUGGAGGAGAGGAGCGAGCGGGAGCGGAGGUGGAGGAGCGGCUGAGGAGACGAAGCAGGCAUCAGAGGCACCAGUCCGGAUUCCUCGUGAACGAGGACUCGGACUCCAGUGAGUUUUGGCUCGACCCCAUGCCGCGGCCUCGCUCCCCGAGCCCCAGGGACAACUCCACGCUGUCCAGCCCCGCCUCCUCUCCCUCACUUCCUGCCGGAGCCUCCAGCUCCUCCACGUCCACCUCCAGCUCCAGCAGCGACGACGAGGAGCGGCGCAGCGCGGUGAGGCGGCGUAACGUCGGGAGGCGGCGCCGCAUGCACGUGGUCUCCAGAGCCGGGGAUCGACCCGAGUCCGUACAGACUCUGUUCUCAGCCAUGGACUCCUGCAGUUACCCAUCGAUAUCAGUCGAGGACCUCUCCUCCUCCUCGUCUGGCGAGGUGCAGAACUCCCUAAAACCCAGCACUGGCGGAGAGGAGGAAAAAUGUCUCAGCCCUUCUGACUUUGUGUGUCUGAGCCCAGUCAUGUCCUCCGGGAGCCAAGAGAACGAGGACGGGAAUGACAGGACUGAGCUGGAAAGACAUCCAGCUUCACGGUCUCUGGAUGGACGCAGGACUGAAGAAGUUGCCGCCAGCUUGGAUAGCGGCGAGGCUUGUAGCAGCUCGCUGGCUUUAGACAGUAACUCUCCGAGCCGACGCAGCCCUGGAGUCAACGGGCGACACCGGACUGUAGCAUCGUACGUGAGAGAGAACCUCCACGUCUCCUCAGAAUCAGAGGACGAGACCGGCGUCACACCCGAAGACACCAGGCCGAAGAGGGGAAAGGGCCUGAGCGCCCUGAAACGGACUCAUGUGGGAUCAGAGGAGGGCGAGUCAGGCUCCUCCCCCUCAGAAAAGAAGUUAAAAACAUUAUGAGAGCGCUUUCUCAUCCCCGAAAGACGUUUGUUAACAGACAUAACUUAGGAAGUGGUGUUUUUUUUUUAUGGGUUUUUAACAACUCAGCCUUUUCAUUUAGCGUCUUGUAGUCAUGUGACCUGUCAUAUGAACUCUGAUGACUGAAGGAACUGUAAGUAUGGUCAGUUUUUGUUUCCGAACAAACGAAUCGGACGAUGUCAUCAUCCUUUUGGUCAAACCAAAGAUGACAAUAAAAGAUGGAAAACAUAAAAAGGCAAGUUACAUAUUGUUGAUAACGAUGGUAGUUCAAGUGAAACACGUUUAUUUUCAUGCAGCAUUAGUGUUUCGUUCUCAUACUCCGGUUGCAGAAAAAGCUCCACUUAGGAUUUGGAGUUCCUCCAACAGUAAAAACAAACAAAAAAAAAGGUCUUAUGGAGGACAAAAGCUUUGCAGCGCUUUUUAAUUUUGACGGUUUCACACUGAGCGUAAAUCUGAUCGGCUCAUGUUUUUUUAUUUUUAAGUGAUUUCUUGACUGCGACUGCUUCAGGGUGUCUGAAGAAUUGCCUGUGUGAAAUCUUAAGGAGCACCAUUUGUUUACGCUGUGCAUUGAAAAUGCUUUCAGUGUCUCCACCGAUAGUCUUUUGUCUCGUUAUCCGGCCCCUGGGUACCAUUACAAGCCAGCGCUCGCUUUUGUUUUCUUGCAAUUAAAGAAUAAUUUGUUCUCCAGUGACAAUAAUGCAACUUCUUCCUGGGGCUUCGCUGAUUCACAAUAGAGUUUGAUGGGUGAAAUAUUCACUAUUUCUGACACGCGUCUCUCUGAAACUAUGGUAAACAAGUUAUUUUACUGCAGAUUUGGGUAAUUCACUGCCUACGUCUGACAGAGUUCCCAUGGCAACACAGCUUCAAUUCUCCUGUGAAAUGAAUCUGUUCAGCUGGCCUUGACCUGGAGCAACUUUUGGUCAGAGUAGAAUAUUUUAUUGACUGAACAGAAAGCUAUCUUUGCUUUCAUUAAAUGAACAGUUAAAUGAGUUUUCAGUCUGACACACUGCUGAAUAAAACAUAAACAGGAGAACUAAAAUGUUGAUUCAGAUAUCACAAAUAGUUGGGGGGGGUUUAUGAUUUAUAU